AUGGCGAGCCCCUGCUACUUUCUCUCUCUACCUCUAUUAUCUGCUUUUCUUCUCUCUGUCUCAGCUUCCUCUUCUAGCGAAUGUGUGUACACGCUUUACGUCCAAACCGGAUCGAUCAUAAAAGCCGGAACGGACUCCAACAUCACCCUCACAUUGGGCGAUUCCAAAGGGCAAUCGGUUUGGAUCCAGAAUCUCAAGGACUGGGGCCUAAUGGGCCGUAAACACGACUACUUCGAAAGGGCCAACCUCGAUAUAUUCACGGGGCGAGGCCCAUGCAUAGGGGCGCCAAUUUGCAGGCUCAACGUGACUUCGGAUGGGUCGGGUCCCCACCCGGGCUGGUUCUGUGAUUUCAUUGAGGUGACGUCCACUGGGCCCCACAAGGGCUGCAGCCAAUCCAUCUUUUACGUGGACCAGUGGCUGGCCACAGAUGCCCCACCCUACCAGCUGUCGGCUGUUCUUGACGGGUGCAAGGAUAAGGCCCAGUUUGGUAAUGGGCCGCUUGCCGUGAGAAGGCACAUCGGCUCAGCUGCUGAGUAG